AUGUUGCUAAAAAAAUUUUGUAAUGAGGAAAUACUUCAACAAAACAAUUAUUAUCAUCAAAAAUAUUUGAAAAUUAAUAUUGUCCAGAUUCAAGCUCCACUCUUUUCUCUUCGCCUUGGACCUCUAGGCUCCAUCCUACAGCAUCUUUUUACGAGCCAGGGUCGGCCUCUGUUCACUUCUUGGCUCGAGGGUCACACACCACCAGAGGCAUCGCACGUGAAAGCAUCGCAUAAUUCGCAAAACCCCACGCUUUCAGCACCUACAGAUCUGAUAAAAAUCACAAGGUUUCUUUUACCUGCGUCAAGCUCAAGUUCGCCGGCGGCAAUGGCGGAUUGGGGCCCGAUUCUAGUGGCGGUGGUGCUGUUUGUGCUAUUAUCGCCAGGAUUACUGUUCCAGUUGCCGGGUCACAACAGGGUGGUGGAGUUCGGCAGCAUGCGGACCAGCGGCGCCGCCGUGAUCGUUCAUGCUGUUAUCUUUUUCGGCAUUCUCACCCUCUUCCUGAUCACCAUCGGCGUUCAUGUAUACGCCGGCUAG